UACGUACGCAAUAUGAUAUGAUUAAAAAAUUAAAGACCCUGUUAUGUCAUGCUCUCAAGUUCCGGGUCUUUCACAAUCACGGCAGCAAAAAGCCAUGGAUUUCAUUCACAAAUUCUUGAACAUUCUUCUUCCUCCUUUAACACUUCUUCUGCUCUGUUUUCUAUUGCCACCAUAUUUUAUUUUCAAGUGUCUUCGCUAUGUAAAAAGGUCUAUAUUCGAAGAAAAUGUCGCUGGAAAAGUAGUGCUAAUCACUGGAGCAUCUUCAGGCAUUGGUGAGUAUCUUGCUUACGAGUAUGGUAAAAAAGGAGCUCGUUUAGCUCUUGUUGCCAGAAGAGAAGAUCGUCUUAAUGAAGUGGCUGCUAAAGCUAGCGAGCUUGGAUCGCCAGAUGUUAUAGUGAUUUGUGCCGAUGUUUCCAAGGUUGAAGAUUGUAAGCGGUUUGUAGAUGAAACAGUUAAUCAUUUUGGUCGCUUGGAUCAUCUGGUGAACAACGCUGGCAUUAUUAAAGUCAGCAUGUUUGAAGAUGUCAACUCAAUCUCCGAUUUCCAUUCUAUUAUGGACAUUAACUUCUGGGGUUCACUUUAUGUAACGCAUUUGGCAGUUCCACACCUCAGAAAAAGCAAAGGGAAGAUUGUUGUCAUUUCUUCAACUGCUGGAUGGUUCCCUACACCGCGAUUAAGCUUCUACAAUGCAAGCAAAGCUGCAGUAACAAGCUUAUUUGAUACAUUGAGGACAGAAUUUGGUUCGGAUAUUGGAAUAACAAUAGUGACUCCGGGAUUGAUAGAGUCAGAGAUGACAAAGCCCGAAUUUAUUUCGGAGGCUCGAAUGGAAUUUAUACUGGUUGAGUCAACUGAAACGUGUGCCAAGGCAAUUGUGAGCGCGGCGUGUCGCGGAGAAAGGUAUGUGACAGAGCCAUCCUGGAGCGGAGUCUUGUUUGUGGUGAAGCUUCUUUGCCCUGAAGUAGUUGAAUGGUUCUGCCGCUUGCUUUUUAUCAAUCGACCAAUGGGUUUCAAGAAAAAUGCUUAGCAACAGCUUGUUAUUUUUGUUUUUAUCACUUAAUUUCCUUUGAAUUUACCAUUGCAGACUUGGGAAAGUUAGGAGAAUUCCUAUGAAUGCUUUCUAGAAUAAACGUUAUUUUGUAUGUAGGUUUUCUGUGUAGAAGCCAUUUUGCCGUUGUUUCCCAAAAGACAUAUGCGAGAAGAUACUCUCAAUAACAACAUUUCCUAUAGUUCUUUAGUUA